AUGAAUGCCGACGUGAUGGAAAGGCGGCGGAAGGCGACGGAAGAGUUGAUUAGUCAAAUAGAGGGAUGCCUAACGGAGCGUCUCUUGAGGGAACAACUCUCUGACCUCUAUCAUCCAAUUCCUGCUCUCGUGCCUCAAAUCUCUGGACCCUCCUCCGUUCGUACAGUUUGUUCAUCAACAAGUGAAUCUUUUAAAAAAGCAACACUGGACUCUCCCAACUCUGCCUUGGAAAAUAUUCCACCUACAAACACAAAUCAACCCCAGAUUUUGCUCAAGGCUGCCAAUACAAACCGCUUAAACGAGGGUAGCCACGGUAAAAAGGAUCGUUUAAACCCAAGAGACUUGCCCUCCUACGCUUCCAAAACUAAUAACAUGGAAUCUAGCGUGAACUGGCGGCUGCUACAGCAGAUCAGCUCCCGAAAUACCUCGAAAUUUACUCAAACAAGUGGAAAGAGAGUUCCGCCUUCUGGUAGUCAUGCUUCACCUCUAAAUGAUAUGCAGUACUGGGACAAAUCCCCUUCAUUGGCUGCCUCCUCCGCCACAAAGUCCGCUCUUAGCAGGCCAAGUAUGGCCGAAAACAAGGGCUUGUUAACCGAGGACGUCAGGUCACGAACCAUGUGGGUCAAGAGUUCAGACAAGGCAAUAUCUGAAUCCUUUGACAAGAAGGAGACCAAUGAAAGGAGGCAAAGGGGACCCUCUCAACCAAGACGAAACCUUCAUGAAAGUCGUCCACAAAAACCCUCAGAGUGCCUUUCAGAGCGACAAUUAAACGGCUACAGAUCACUGCAACGGCGCCUGGAGUACGAUCCUCGAGCCUCCGUCGCGAAAGAACGCCUCAAAUCCAAAAUGGGGGAAAGUCGCAACAACAAUGUCGAUGGAAGCUGUACAACACCCGCAUCAAAUAGGGACGGUGAAGUUGGAGGGUCAGAAAAAGUGAAGACCACUUGCAGGCAAUCUUCCGUCGAUUCCAAAGUGCUGUCUCUAUCGGAACAGAAGGAAUUCAAGGGUCUGACACGGAGUACCAAGUCCUCAGCGCCUCGAAGUCAAGUGAGUUAA